AUGCCGAGAUUCAAAGACAGUCGAACAUGGGCAAUACUCAGAGAGGUACCAGCAAGCUGUUUUCGACUGGUGAGAGAAGUCCUUUCUUUGAGGCAAAAGAUCGUCUCAGAAAGGCAGACCAUCCACUUUCUCCGCCGCUGCCAAGAAUAUCAAGUCACCCCAAACUUUAUAACCAACAGGCGACUUCACGAGAUAAGCGGUGUUCCCAAAGAAAGCCGGCAGAUGCAGAAGAUCGAGCAACAACUCCUACGUAUGGCAUUGAAGGCAAAACAGGAUCACAUGUUCUCUUUGCUUAAGAAGUGUGUGUAUAAAGAACAUUGUUGUGAACGUUUUGUGCCGGAACGCAUUUGGAGGAGAAUAGUUGGUGAGUCAAAGUCCAUUUGUGAUUAUAUUCGCUCUAGUGCUAAAUCUAGACUGCAGGAAAAGUUCAGACGACUAGUAGACCAUCAGCAACAUCAGAAGGUUAGUAAAUCUGUUAAAUCUACCUCUGUAUGUGCAGAUCACAACAGCACCAUUGCUAAUAAGAACAGUGCACAAAGUUCAUUUCGUGUUUCUGUGAUUGGCGAUGUACUCAUCUCAGCUGACGCGCUUUCCGUUUUGGAUCUCGGCCCUAGUUUCGCACCUGUGCAAUCAAUAAGUCCGGAGGUAUCACGCAAGGUUGUGGGCAGCCUCCAAUUGGGUCGUGAUAGGUUGCGACUGAGAGCAAAAGAAGAAGAGCGAAGGCAAGAGAACAGAAUAGCUGAGCAAGUAACCUUACCCUCCAUACCUUUCCCGCGUAUGAUGUAUAAACCACCUGAACCCAACCCCACGGUAGACAACAAGUUUCGAGUGUUCGCAACAUCGGUGUAUUCCGUUUUGGAGCGUUUCUCGAGAAAACACGUAAAUUUCAAUCUCACUGUCGCGCAACGUCGAGGCCUACGUGAGAUUCGUAAUCUUAUUACAGCUGGAGAGAUCAAGGUUUCCGUUAGUGAUAAGGGAGGCGAAUUUGUUGUUCUAUCACGUGAACUAGACAAGGCGAUAACGAGACAACAUCUUGAGGAUGACAGUCUAUAUGUCCCAUCCUCCGCCAAUGAGUUUAGAAAGCAAUAUCGCCGCCUAAACAGGGUUUGGGUAGAAACGGCAGGAACAGCAGGGCUCCCAAAAAACUUUAUUACGCGUCUCAAGAACGACUUACCCGCAUGUCCAGUCCUAUACACACUAAUCAAAACUCACAAGCUCUCUGAAAAUGGCCUCACUUCGAACGAUCCACGUGACUUUAAAGUGAGACCUAUCAUUAGUGGUAUCGGGGGCCCCACGGAUAGAAUUUCCUGGCUGCUCAACAUAAUCCUAAAUCAGCUGCUCAGAUAUGUCCCUGCCCACCUCAGCAGUUCUAGCAACUUCCUAAAACAUCUCCGCAGUACCUCAUUUGAGCGUGAAUGUGUAGUAGAGACCUUUGACGUUACGUCACUCUAUACGAACGUUUCAAACGAUGUAGCGAUGCAGGCUGUUCACGAACUGCUCACGCAGCGCCAGGCUUCUUUGAACAUGUAUGGAUUCAGCAUCAGGCAGAUCAUGACAUUGAUAAACGAAUGCCUGAAUUGCUCUAUUUUCCGAUGGUCGGGACAGUACUACCGACAACUUAGAGGCCUAGCUAUGGGACAAAGGCUGGCACCCACUCUCGCCAUUGUUUUCAUGGCCAAGAUCGAAAAGCCUAUAAUAGACCGCAAACCACUGCUGUAUUAUCGUUACAUAGAUGAUUGCUGCGUCGUCUGCUCAACCCAAGCAGAACUAGACGCGUGCUUCAAUCUUCUCAAUCAGCAGUGUCCGCACAUCAAGUUCACAAGGGAGAGGCCGAUAGACAACUGGUUGGCUUUCCUGAAUGUGCACAUUUACUUGCGGAAUGGGAUAUGUAAGACUAAGUGGUACCGGAAACCCAGUAGUAAAAACAUCUUAAUCCACUAUCUUUCAGCGCACCCCAGCAAAAUGAAAAAAUCUGUUAUAGGUAACAUGUACAGAACGGCGGCAAGAGUCUCAUCGAGUAGCCAGGAAAAAGCAUGGUCUAUAAAUGUGGCCCAUAAAGUAGCAAUGUCCAAUGGGUACCCAGCUGGAGAUGGUGCUACCCGACAAGCACGGUAUCCCUCUCGAAGACCCAACGUAGUGGAUGGCCCAGAGAAGAUCCCUUUCUGUUUACCUUAUAUAUCUGAUGAUAUGAGCAGAGCAGUACGGGGUUGUCUACGAAAAGCGGGUCUAAGGAAUGACGUGAGGGUUGUGGAAAUACCUCCAGCAAACCUCAAGGCGAAGCUGGUACGUAACCGUGUGUAUGAUCGACUCUGCACAACUCCCAGCUGCGUGGUUUGCCCGUAUGGCAGAGAGGGUGAUUGCAUGAUAUCGGGAGUGGUGUAUCGUAUCACGUGCAGGUUGUGCGGUGACGAUUAUAUAGGGGAAACGGGACGCCCAUUGUGUAUUAGGGUCAAGGAGCAUCUAGAUGGACUCGCAAAAUCAAAAACCUUCACCCCACUUGGAGCACACCGUAGAAUAUGUCAUCCAAACUCCGAAGUAGAGGUAGAAGUUCGUAUAUUAUCCUACGAGUCCGAAAUCACAGCACGCAGAACGCUAGAGGCCUUUUGGAUAACCGCCAAAAGUCCAAAAAUGAACAAGAAGGAUGAGUGCAUUGCGAUCACAAACGAGUUAUCCCCGUAUCAAGACUUAUGCGGGUUCUGA